AUGGAAGCUGCAAGAUUAGGACUAACAGAUUACCAUUCCGUGUCGACGUUAACAAGAGUCGGGGGAUCAAGUUUAGGUCUACCAAUGGAUCCAUGGUUAUCGCCGCCCUUACUCUCUGCGCUACCCGGCUUCUUGAGUCACCCGCAAACCGGAUAUCCUAGUUACUUAACAUCGCCUGUCGCAGCGGACCACAGUCGACCUCCCGUUGCACAUUCACAGUCACCUACAACGUCUCCCGACCCUCGAAGUACCUCAAUAGCUGCGUUGCGACUUAAAGCUAAAGAGCACGUUGAAAAUAUAACAAAAGGACUUCAGAUGGUGUAG